AUGCCCCUGGACCCUCCCGUUCCCCCGUGUCCCACCGUCCCCUCCCCUGACUCCCGAUCCCCCUGGCCUCUCUUGUUCCCCGAUGCCCCUGACCGCUCCCGUUCCCGUUUCCCCGUGUCCCCCCGUUCCUCCCUCGUUCCCCGAUGCCCCUGGCCGCUCCCGUUCCCCCUUGUCCCCGAUGCCCCUGGCCGCUCCCGUUCCUGGAGCGAGGCGGUGGCGGCCGCGGCCGGCGCCCUGCGGGCGGGCGGGCUGGUGGCCGUGCCCACGGACACGGUGUACGGCGUGGCCUGCCUGGCGCAGGACUCGGCCGCCGUGCGCAGCAUCUACAGCCUGAAGGGGCGGAACGGCGCCAAGCCGCUCGCCAUCUGCCUCGGCGACGUGGAGCGGCUCUACCGGUACUGCCGUGUGAAUGUUCCCGACGAGCUGCUGCGGGACCUGCUCCCGGGACCGGUGACCCUGGUCUUGGAGCGUUCAGAAGAGCUAAAUAAGGACCUGAAUCCCUUCACAUCGCUGGUUGGUGUUCGCAUUCCAGACCACGCCUUCAUGAGAGACCUGGCCCGAGCCUGCCCGGGGCCGCUGGCUCUGACGAGCGCCAACGUCAGCUCCCAGGGCAGCACCCUGACCGUGCUGGAAUUCCAGGACUUGUGGCCUCAGCUGUCCUUGGUUGUUGAUGGAGGCCCCAUAGGAGACAUGCAGAGCCCAGAGUGUCGCUUGGGGUCAACUGUGGUUGACUUGUCUGUGUCAGGGAAGUUCUCCAUCAUCCGGCCUGGCUGUGCACUAACGCCCACAGUUGAAAUCCUGAAGAAGAAGUAUGGCUUGGUACCAGAAUCUUCCUAACCCUUGGGACUGGGAGCUGGUGGAGCUGGGCACUGUGUGCCUGUGCACUCAGCAGUGGGUGAUCAUGGCCUUGUUUAAUAAGGUCGAUGGGUUAUGUCAAGGUAAAUUAAAAAAUAUUAAAAAAGAAAGACUGGAUAACCCUUUUGGACCUUUUUGAGCUGCUGUACUGUUCCCAAAUGUCUGUUCUGUUACCCUUUGUGAAUACAGAGAUUAUGAAAGCUGAGCUCUUGUCAGGGUGCUGUGGGGAAGGCCCCGUGUGCCCCAGAGCUCACCCUGUGCCAUCUGCCCUGGAAGGAAAGCAGACAUGGAGUGGAGGGGUUUGGGGCUUUGAGGGUGUUACAGCUGUGCUGCUCUCUGUUCCAAAUGUGAUCAAAACCUACUGAUAUUAAACUGUCAGUGCUUCUGAAAAUUCAGUGCUCAGGUACCCCAGGAUAGAGCUGCUCAGAACAACCUGCUUCCUCCUCAUGCAGAGAAUGAAAGAAGCUCUUGGUGUGAUGAUCUUCCUUCGUUUAAAUGUAGAAUUCUCUCUUGGUUUUGCUCUGAAAUGGUGCUAAGCUGAAGUAAACAGGGAAUGGAUGAAAGUG